UCAAUAGAGUAUAAAUAUUUCCUUGACUAUUUAUAAUUAUUGAUAUUUUUUUAUUAAUUACAAUUUAUCUGUUUGUACAGUCGAUAUGCUGCUUAAAAUUCAGCUCUCUCUUGCUCAAAUCCUAAUAUUUUGUCAUAUAUAUGGAUUCGCAAACGCCAAACCAAUGGUCGGACAAGAUAUUUCAAAUAUAACCGAGGGAUACCUUACUCUUGUCGUAUCGCUUAGGAAAAUUAAUCCUGGAAAUGUUGAGGUGGAGAAGGAUCACUUAUCUUCAGGGGUACUUGUCUCAAGACAAGAUGUUUUAACUACUUCCCAUAUUAUGGAAUCUAUUCCAGCAAAUGGAUUUGAAGUAGUCAUUGGUUCAUAUGAUUUGAGAAGUGGUACAAGAUACUUUCCAUUUUGGUGGAUAACUUUCGAUGAGUGGGCUACAAUUUAUAGUGUGCCCGUUGAAACUCAGUUGAACGACAUUGCUAUAGUUAGAUUACUUAGACCAGUACCGAAUGAAAUUAUACCAGCAACUAUAUCACCAUUGCCAGUUGAAAAUUUAUAUUGGGCAAAUGUUCUCAUAGCAGCAUGGGGCAAAGUAGAAGAUGGCAACUAUUCUAGAUUUUUAAGAUCAACUAUAUUAACAGUUAUUACGAAUGACUUUUGUGCGCUUAAAAUAAAAGUAGUCCGUGGAUUCGACGUUCUAGUUCCUAAAAACAUCAUUUGUAGCAUUAGAAUUCCAUAUGCAAUAAUGACUGCCGGCGAUAGUGGCGGCCCGAUAUUUUUUAAUGGAAAACUUGUGGCAAUUCAUAAAGCAACGUGUCUUUAUCCGAAUGAAUUUAUUAAUCCAAAUAAAAUAAAUAUGCAUAUGUCUCUACAUUUUUAUAGAAAUUUUAUAUCAAAUGUUAUAAAUUUUCUUUAAAUGAGGUAUUAAACUAUAAUUAGUCAGUAUUUCUAAAUGAAUUCUAUCAACUUUUCAUUUAGCUGUCAAAUAAAAGUUGGAGUUAUAGAUUCAAUAAGUCUUAAUUAAAUUGUAUACAAUUUUUUAGUUAAAUGUUAUUAAAAAAUUAUGAUAUCGUUAGAAAAUCUAUUCAACAAUCUGAAAAAUACUUAUUUCCAUCAUAAUAUAAA